AUGGUUACAUAUCGCGAGGGUAUCGCCAUCGUGCAAGUUGCUUUUUACAUUCUUGCUCUCAUCGGAGGAAUUCUAUUGUGCUUGCGCCAUGGCUUCGGCAAGAGCUCUGGCUGGGUCCUUGUAACUUUCUCUCUUCUUCGACUUAUCGGCGCCAUUUUUGAGAUCAUUGCUGUCGACCAUCCUACCAAACAAGUCGUCACUGGUGCAAUAGUCUGCAUCUCCAUUGGCCUUUCACCCUUGGCUUUGAUGAGUCUUGGUCUGCUGCAGAGAGUUAAUCAAGCUGUGGGUCAGCCAAUCCCCGAUAUAAUCUACAAAGGAGUUGGUAUUGGUGGCCUCAUUGCUCUAUGCCUUGGUGUCUAUGGGGGAACACAGCAAGCAUCCAAUGCGAAUGCGACAAAUUUCACACAAGUCAACAGGGACAGCAAGAUCGCAGUUGUCUUGUUCACUAUCAUCUUCAUCAUCACUAUCAUAAUCUUCUUUGUCCUGGUCACACGACUCUCAGAUGUGCCGCCGGGAGAGAAGCGAUUGUUGCUAGCAGUUGCACUAUCACUGCCCUUCCUCGCUGUCCGAUAUCUAUAUGCUCUCCUAGCCGACUUCGCCCAAAACAAAGACUUCAACUCCUUCUUUGGGAAUACGACUAUCUAUCUCAUUAUGGCCGUUGUUAUGAAGUUUAUUGUCAUACUCACCUGCGAGCCUAUUGGAUUUACUCUACAUAAACUCCCCAAGGGCGAGCUGGUGAACACUUCGGAUAUAGAGAUGGACAACAGCCAUGUACCUGUAUACUCUGAAGAUUCGUACAAUCGCGAAGAGGAUGUUCCGCUGAGAUACGGCCGGGGAAAUAUGGCAAGCCCUGCAAUGCUGCCCAGGCCACAGAGAAAGGUUAAAGGGCCAAUCUCUUGGCUCUAUUAUCAAGCCAAGGAUAACUUCUAG